AUGUCGGAGACCGCUCCCGCCGCCGCUCCCGCUGUCGCGGCCCCCGCCGCCAAGGCGGCCGCCAAGAAGCCGAAGAAGGCGGCGGGCGGCGCCAAAGCCCGCAAGCCCGCGGGCCCCAGCGUCACCGAGCUGAUCACCAAGGCCGUGUCCGCCUCCAAGGAGCGCAAGGGGCUCUCCCUCGCCGCGCUCAAGAAGGCGCUGGCCGCCGGCGGCUACGACGUGGAGAAGAACAACAGCCGCAUCAAGCUGGGGCUCAAGAGCCUCGUCAGCAAGGGCACCCUGGUGCAGACCAAGGGCACCGGCGCCUCUGGCUCGUUCCGCCUCAGCAAGAAGCCGGGAGAGGCGAAGGAGAAGGCUCCUAGGAAGAGAACGCCCGCGGCCAAGCCCAAGAAACCGGCGGCGAAGAAGCCUGCCAGCGCAGCCAAAAAGCCCAAGAAGGCGGCGGCGAAGAAGAGCCCCAAGAAAGCCAAGAAGCCGGCGGCCGCUGCCACCAAGAAGGCGGCCAAGAGCCCGAAGAAGGUGACCAAGGCUGCCAAGCCCAAAAAGGCGGCGACUGCCAAAAGCCCGGCCAAGGCAAAGGCGGUGAAGCCCAAAGCUGCCAAAUCCAAGGCGGCCAAACCGAAGGCAGCCAAGGGAAAGAAGGCGGCGGCCAAGAAGUGAAGUAUUGAUGUGGAAAUACUUAAACCCAACGGCUCUUUUAAGAGCCACCCACCACUGUCCGAAAAAGAGCUGAGACACUCGGACAGUGAGCUCCAUGCCUGCAGCGAAGCUCUCGAUUCGCCAUUUUUUACUCGCGAUCAGAUGGGAUGCUCGCCUGCAGAAAUAGCAGGACUCUGAGCCACGGAACGUGGUUAGCAUAGGGCUGGAAAAAAUAAAGUUUGCGCUCCCUGGAGAGAGGGGGGAGAAAGGAAAAAAAGCAACCUCUCUUCGGGCUGCCUUUGAGCAACGCAGGACAGAGGUGCGUGUGUUAAAGGGAUUGCUGGGGUGGGUAUCGCUCUGGGGCAUGCAGGUCUCUCUCGGUGCUUUAACUCAGACAGUGCGGUCCCUAACAGUCUGCGCGCUACCGCCACGCCUCUUAGGGACAGGCGCUGCCAACUCUCCGGCACGGCUCCUCCGCGUCCUUGGCAAUGACCUUUCCU